AUGCGCCCACCGUUAUCAAAAAUCGAUUAUGAAGUUGGAGACAAGAUUGAGGUUUGCAGCAAAGAAGAAGGGUUUAUAGGUUCGUACUACGAAGCCACAAUUGCUUCAUGCCUUGAGAAUAAGAAAUAUGUAGUUUGUUACAAAACCCUUCUUGAAGAUGAUGAAUCAGGACCUCUUAAGGAGACACUUUUUCCUAAGGAUAUUCGUCCAAUACCGCCACGUGUCCGAAAUUAUCACAGGUUCCAACUCAACCAUAAAGUUGAUGUUUUUUAUAAUGAUGGCUGGUGGAUAGGGAUAAUUACUAGUAAGAAGACUCUCAUGCGAAAGCGUUAUUACUUUAGGGUGUAUUUUACAACUCUCGGUAGAAUGAUGUAUUGUCAUUGUUCUCGGAUCAGGGUUCACCAUGAGUUGAUUUAUGGAGAUUGGAUCUCAGAAUCUUGA